ACCUAAAACAGCCGUAUAAGGAGAGGAAAGCAAGAGCCUUGUCUUUCUUCUUCCACUGGAACAUUCAGCAGAAAAUUCGGGCAAAUUUAUAAAUAAAUAAAAAAAAAAAAAAAAAAAACCCUUUGAGCUGAAAAGCUCACUCCUUCCUCUCAGUCUAUCAGUGCAGAACCCUAAUGACAGAUAACAAUCAAAAUGACAGUUUAAUGUCAGUUGAUAGUUCGUUCGGAAAGCUUCCUGAUCAUUUGCUAAUAGAAAUUUUCAUCCGAGUUCCUGUCUCAGAGUGGGCACAAAUCUCCUGUGUUAAAAAACAGUGGGCCAAUUUGUUUCGCGGAGAAUUCUUGUGGCAAGCUGCUAUUGCUAUGACAUUUCCUUUGGCUAGCCAAGCUAAAAGGUGGCCGGGACCUAUCCCUCGAGGAUUGAACAAGAGGAGAUUUGAAGCUUUAUAUGUCGGUAAACAUAUCUUUGCUCUAGAUGGUGAGAUUGAUGAGAUCGUAGGCCAUAGUUAUUUGUUUCUAAAAGAGCAGCUUGAGCAUUCAACCAUGCCACCCUCUUCCACUAUACUGCACGGAACCCUCAUAGAUCAGUUUAUUGCUUGUGGGAAAUCGAGAGACAUGGCUCAUGAUCUUGCUUCCCAGAUCUGGCUGGCUGUUCUUGACAAUUUAGAGGAAAACGAGCAAACUUUUCAAUUACUGAAACGUCUUGCACAAGAAGCCGAUGUUUUUCUUCUGUACCCGUACUCAAGAUCAAUCAAAGUCCAAUGGAGGGUGUUUGAAAAACUCUUCACAGAUUUUCGCGACUGCUUCAAUGAUGUAGAUUACUAUGAUGUGUUGGCUUGUGCGAAGAACAAGUUUCAGCCAAUACCAUCGACUUGGCUAGGUUACUGAUCAACCUCAAAUGUACCUAUUUCAGCUUAAUCACGAGUACAUUUGUAUAUAUGGAAGUCACUAUUGCCUGUGCCUUGCGGGCUAUCUCAUCUUGAAGAAAACCGCCGUGGCUGUACCAUGCUUGAUAGGAAAGAAACUGAUUAUAUUUGUACUGUUAAUAGGUGCAUGAUUCAAUGUGAAAAAGAAUGCCCAUGCGACUUUUUUCUUUUCAUUGUGAAAACGCCCAUAUUACUAAGGAUAAUACUUGCAUA